CCUUCUCUCUGCACUAUCACUUCAACUCCCACAAAACUUCCUACAUUUCUCUAACUCUUUCAAAUUGUACUAUAACAACAAUGGACUCUGUCUUGCUUAAGGAGGAGUGGGAGUAUAAUUCCCUGACCAAGAUGUUCUCCGGUGACGACGAAGAAGCAGACUGCAUGCUGCAUUUCAUGCAAAAUUUUGGGACUCCAUCAGAUUUUUUGUCCACUGGUGAAGCUACUCGAAAUGUAGCAGUGUUUGAAGAGGAUGCACUUUUUUAUUCUUCUGAAAAUGCUAACUCUAAUUUUUAUCUUUCUCAAGAUAUAACAGAUAGCAGGACUAGUGCUACUAAUUUUAGUACUGGUAGUGUUGGUUUUCCUAAUUAUUUUUCCAACAUUAGCUAUUUAACCCCGGAAAUGAUGAAUGAGAUGAUGCCUCACGAGUUUGUUGCUCAUGAUGAACGAGAUUAUAACAUGAAUGCGCUAGGGGAUGUCGUGCAAGACAAUGCAAUGUGCUUGAAAGAAGAGAUUGCAGAUGGUAGGAGUACUGAUUUAGUGAGCAUCAAGAGGAAGUUUGAAGAUCCAGAGCUCUCUGAAGCUGUCAAAGAGAACAGAGUCAAUGCUGCAGCAUCGUCUGAUCAAAAUCCGAAGAAAAAAACUCGGGUUCCAAGAGAUACCGUGAAAAGCAAGAAGAAUCUACAAGGCAAGAAGAAUCAGCAGGCCGUUCAAAUCAAUAAGAACGACGCAGAGAGUCCAAGAGCGAUUAUCAGCUCGCGAUCCGGUAGUUGCAUCUCAGAGGAUGAUUCCAGCGGUUCUCAAGAGCCUAUUGGAGGAUCAGACGCCAAAGAUUCUGCUCUUAACUCCAGCGGUAAAGCCAGAGCCGGAAGAGGCGCUGCUACUGACCCUCAGAGUCUUUACGCAAGGAAAAGAAGAGAGAGAAUUAACGAGAGACUGAGAACCCUACAGCACCUUGUUCCAAAUGGUACAAAGGUUGACAUUAGCACUAUGCUUGAAGAGGCAGUACAGUAUGUCAAGUUUUUGCAGCUUCAAAUUAAGCUGCUGAGUUCUGAUGAGACAUGGAUGUAUGCUCCGAUUGCUUACAAUGGGAUGGACAUGGGUCUCUACCAGAACAUUUCUCCGUGAAGUUGAAUAUCACACAUGGCUGCCUAUUCAUUUAUUUGAUUAUUAUUGUAACCAGAAACAAGAGAAACCUAUAAUAAUGAAACGUGAUUAUUCUUUAAUUUAUGACUUGUAGUAGUCAACAUUCAAUGAUUAUUAUUGCACUUAAAAAUUUCAUUUGUG